AUGGCCAACACCUCCUAUUCCAAUGGUCGAGUUCCGCCGCUGCCCUUUGCCAAUUCCCCUGAAGGAUUGCAAGAGUCGUGGUUAGAACCGUCACUGUCAGCUGACCCCAACGCCGAGGCCUUCCGCUUGUUCCAUGACAACGUAUGCACUGAAAGUCAAUUCAAGAAUGCUUACAACCAACCAACUGCCCGGUCCACUGGGUCGGAGUCCGCACCGAAGCCUCAACUACGGGCCAUUUAUCUGGACUACCACGUUUACUACCAAUCGGUGUGGAACUACCCGGUGGGAUCAGAUAGAGUGUGGAAGGGUAAAUGCGCCGUGAAUAAGGCUGCCCUCCGGUAA